CUUUAUUUUUAAGAGUGUUAACACAGAAAGAGCAAAUAUAAAGAAGGAAACUGACCAGGAGGAUGAGGAUGAUGAUGAUGGAAAGGGUUAACGCGGAGGUGCAUUAGAGAUGCAUGGAGGAGCAGAGGGGAGGAGGCGUUCAGCGCUGAGACAUUGUCAUGCAAACAGAGACCACCGCCUCGCCAUUGUCUCCCGGACACCAACUUUAUUAUAAACACAGCGCGAGCCGCCCGCUGCAGCAGAGCACCGGAACACCGGCACCGAGAGACACGCGCUGGAUACCGCGAGAAAACCACGCGUUCCGCUGGAGUUUGACGCCGCACCCGGAGCUUUCGCGUCUCCGUCCUCGCUCCACAUGUACAAAAUGGAUUACUCGUAUCUGAACACGUAUGACUCGUGCAUGGCGGCGAUGGAGGCGUCGGCGUACGCGGACUUUAACUCGUGCAGUCAGGCAAACACGUUCCAGUACAACCCGAUCCGAACCGGCUUCAGCUCCAACCCGGGAUGCGCUCCGCUCGGCUCGGCCAGCUGCACCCUGGGCGCGCUGCGGGAGCACCAGCCCGCGCCCUACAGCACAGUUCCGUACAAGUUCUUCUCGGACCCCUCCGGUCUGAACGAGAAGCGCAAGCAGCGGCGCAUCCGCACGACCUUCACGAGCUCUCAGCUGAAGGAGCUGGAGCGCGUGUUCGCGGAGACGCACUACCCAGACAUCUACACGCGCGAGGAGCUGGCGCUGAAGAUCGACCUGACCGAGGCGCGGGUGCAGGUUUGGUUCCAGAACCGACGCGCCAAGUUUCGUAAACAAGAACGCGCCGCCAACUCCAAAGGAGCGAACGCAGGCGCCAACGGCUCCGGCGGCAAGAAGUCGGGUGAGAACCGCUCUUCCUCUGAAGACGACGAGUCUAAAGAGUCGACCUGCAGCCCGACGCCCGACAGCACAGCGUCUCUGCCCGGCUCCGGGAACAUGGGCAGCCCCGGGGCCAGCAGCCUCAGCCCCAGCCCGGUCUCCGGCUCCUCGGCCGCCUUCUCCAACGCCUCCAUCUCACCCUCCAUCCAUCAGGGCCUCAAGAGCUCGCCCUGGCCCAGCACCGUCCAGACCCAGGACCUGCUGAAGGCCUGGCAGCCGGCGGACAGUAUGGCGUCUGGGCCGUUCGCGGGCGUUCUGUCCUCGUUCCACCGGAAACCCAACACAAUCAAGACCAACCUGUUCUAGAGACUCCUCUUCGUGUGUCUGCUGCGGGUUCUGUUCCGUCGAUUGAUCUGCGUAGAGCUGGACUCCUGGGCCCGUAUUCACAAAACAUCUUCAGGCAUCUAAAACUAGCUCACAAAUUGCAGAUUAAGGAGAAACUCUUAAAAAUAAAGGUGCUUCACAAUGCCUUUUUUUUUGUCUAAAUGUACCUUUAACAUCUGAAGAAUCUUUCUGUGUCACAAAAGGUUCUUUGUGGCGAAAGAAGGUUCUUCAGAUUAUAAAAAGGUGAGAAAGAGAUGGAUGUGGAACCAAAAAUGGUUUUUCCAUGGCACCGCUGUGAAGAACCUUUUAAGCACCUUUAUUUUUAAGAGUGUGGGCGUCAGACCUAAAUUAAGAAGUGCAGUGCUGGCCAGAAUGAUUACAACACUGGUUUGAAGUCAGUUAUUUCUAUCUUUUACUGUAGUGUGUCAGUAGGAAAUAUCAGUUUGCAUUUCUGUCAAAUGCUGUCAAAAGGGAAGGUUUCUUGAAGCGUCUCGGAGGCACAACCUUUAUUUGAAUAUUGCAACAUAUCACACUCUACAAUAUUUUUGUGAAUAAAUCUCUGACAGAGAUUAUCAGCCAAUCACUGUGUGCAUAGUUAAUAAGCUUGAUGACAUCAUCCAUAGCAAUGAGGUCAGCCCCGCCCCCUUACUCUGAGCUAAAGACUUCUCUCUAUUCCUUAGUAGAAGUUUGUCUCAGCAGCUUUGUGAAUAGGUUUUAAGAGAAAAUUCUUUUUUACUGCUAUUUAGGAGAACUCUUGAGUGGUAAGAUCAACCAAUGUUUUGUGAAUACUGGCCCUGAUGGUUAAUUUAUUGCAAUGUUGGUGCUUCUGAUGUGUGUCUGUGUGUUUAUUCUGCAGUCCAUUAUUUGUGUUCAUCAGGUCCGUUUCCUCUUAUUUUCCUCUUAACGCUGAAGAGAAGCCCUAUAGAUCCACAUCAACAUCCCUUGUGUCAGUAAAUGAGUUCCUCAUUUCCUCUUAAAUGAAGGUCCAGAAGCGUUUGUCCUUCAGAACGAGAAAUCAGUUCAGGUCUUCAGGAAGAGACGUCGUAUGAGAAGGAACUGUAAUGUGAUUAGAGGAGCUGUAACCAAAUAUUCACUGCAGAUAAUGGGUGUAUUAAUGAUCCGUACCUAAAUUAGCAGUCUAAUCUUAAAUAUUAAUAUUCCAGCUUGUUUGUAUUCCUCCAGAACUCAACAGUUUCUGGGUGAGUUUAAGGAUUCAGGAUCAGAAUGAUGACAAACCUGCAUCUUAUUAAAUGAAUUUCUCAUGCGGUUCUUCACUGAAGCUCUUGGAAGAUGGAUUUGAUGUGUGUGUGUCUGUGAGUGUAUGUUUGUGUGUGUGUGUGUGUGUGUGUCUGUGAGUGUGUGUGUGUGUAUGUGUGUGUGAGA